UAUUUAUAGUUAAUUCAACAGUAAAUUCGACAGUUUCGCUCCCUAUAUAAACCAGUUGCCAAUAGCAAGCCUGAAAAGCAACCAAACUUCCCUCCAUCCUUGCACAUCUCUCCCACAUACACCAUACAUAAACAUGAUGAAACCACAUGUCGACAACCUCUGGCUCGUGGCUCUCGCUUCGAAAUGCAAAUCUCUUUCUCCCUCACACACCAUAAUCUUGGCAUUUGUUAUCUUUCUGUCAUGGCUAAUCCUCAACCUGAUCUUCUGGGCUCACCCCGGCGGCUCCGCUUGGGGCCGCUAUAGGUGGACGAAGCUGUUUUCCUUCCAUCGGGCCAUUCCCGGCCCGAGAGGAGUCCCUGUUGUGGGCAGCAUGCAUCUCAUGUCCGGCUUGUCCCACCACAAGUUAGCCUCCGCAGCUGAAUCCUGCGGAGCCAAGCGCCUCAUGGCUUUCAGCCUUGGGGAGACACGUGCGAUUGUCACGUGCAACCCCGAGGUGGCUCGCGAUAUCUUGAACGGCUCAUCUUUCGUUGACCGCCCGGCUAAGGAAUCGGCCUACGAGCUCAUGUUCAGCCGCUCUAUGGGCUUCGCUCCCUACGGCCUCUACUGGACUACGCUCCGCCGAAUCGCCUCCGCUCACCUCUUCUGCCCCAAGCAGCUCAAGGCCUCCGCGCACCAACGCCUUGAAUUAGCGAAUCAGAUGGCAGCGGCUCUGGAUUGCUCAGAUGGUGAGCUUCAAUGCGUGAGGAAUGUGUUGAAGCUGGCCUCGCUUAACAACAUGAUGUACGCUGUGUUUGGACGGAGGUACGUGCUUGAUUCUGCCAAUCCAGAGACUGCCGAGUUGAGAGAUUUGGUGGAGGAAGGAUACGAUUUGCUAGGCCAGCUCAACUGGUCCGACCACUUCUCCUUUUUAGCAGAUUUCGACGUUCAGAAAAUCCGGUCCAGGUGCGCUGAUAUGGUGCCACGGGUGAACCGGAUUGUCGGCAGGAUCAUGGCCGAGCGAGACACCACCGGUCGUGAUUUCGUGGACGUGUUGAUGUCUCUAAAAGGGCCCGACCGGCUGUCGGAACCCGACAUGAUCUCGCUAUUAUGGGAGAUGAUAUUUAGAGGGACGGACACGGUGGCGGUGGCGAUGGAGUGGAUACUGGCGAGACUGGUGCUGCACAAGGAUGUUCAGUCGCGUGUCCAGCGUGAAGUGGACGCGGUCGUGGGGAAGACACGUGCGGUGACGGAGUCUGAUUUGACGGAGCUUGUGUACUUAACGGCAGUCGUGAAGGAAGUGAUGAGGCUGCACCCGCCUGGGCCGUUGCUUUCGUGGUCCCGUUUGUCGAUCAGGGACUCCACGGUGGACGGCUACCGUGUGCCCGCGGGAACCACAGCUAUGGUUAAUGUGUGGGCAAUCAGCCGGGAUCCGGAAAACUGGCCCGACCCGAUGAGGUUCAAGCCCGAGAGGCACCUCACGGGAGUGGAUAUUACGGAUUUGAGGUUCGGGUCGGGUCGGAGGUCGUGCCCGGGUAAAGCGAUGGGCAUGACCGCGGUCAGCUUUUGGGUUGCGAAGCUUUUGCAUGAGUUUGAGUUUGAGGCGGCGGGUGAUGUGGACCUGACCGAGGAGCUGAGACUCUCUUGUGAGAUGAAGGAACCGCUAGCGGUGAGAGUGCGUCGGCGCAUGAGUUAAGACAACCACCAUGGAGAAUAUAUGUAUAUAGUGUUCUAUAAUGUGGCGUUUCAUGUAAUGUAACUUAAUUAAUUAAUGUAAAGUGCAUCCUAUUUGUCUUAAUUAAUUAAUUAAUAACUUGAAUCGUA